AUGGAACCAAGGGAAUUUGUCUUUAACUACAAAGAAGAACAUCCUGGCGCGCCCUAUGACGAUAUCAAUAAAGCAUACCAAGAACAACUGGCAACUUUUAUUUUCAUAUCUCUUCAUAUCGAAUCCUUUUCUGACAAUGACUCCUAUGACAAUUUCAGAGAUUAUAGCCGUCGGAAGCCUAAAUGGGUAAUUAAAGUUUAUUACGCAUCUUUGCAAGCAAGUGGAGCGGAGAAGUCAAAAUUAAUAGGAAAAUCGCCGAUGAUUUAUACGUGGUUAUUGUUGUUUAAAGAUAUUGAUUCGAGUGGAUAUCCGUCAAUUUCAGCCAUUGCCAAUAUCUUGCUCGAGAAAUCAAAUGAUAUUGAUCCUGUGAUGCAAAAUAGUUUCUGGGAUAAGGUAAAAACAGAAAUGAUUCGUAAUAUGGAUCAUUUGGCUGGAACAAAAAUGCAUGAUGGAGGAGCAUUUGCCAUCUUUACUGAUACCGUUUCUCUGAUAUCAAGACCAUCAAAACGGGUGUCAGAAACCGGCAGCAAAUUUUUCCCACACUUCUACCUUCUGGACACCAUAGAUGUUUACGUUGAACAUUAUCAGCCAAAAACAUUCAAGAAAUAUUCAGAAAAUAGAUCUAAGACCAAAAAUAAUUUUAUCUUUAUGCGUCACAACGCUUCCUGGACAAACGAAUUAUAUGGCACAAUACCAAACACGAAUGCGCUGGGAAUUCUCGGACAAAGUCUUUGCGUUGACAUCGUUCCGCAAUCUGACUACGCAUCUGAACUAGUAUCAAACUAUUUGCGGCUUUGUAUUUACGUUUCUGAAAGAUGCGACCAAAUCGUCACCGGCUUUGCUUCAGAGCCUGUUGUCGCUGAGGCAUCUGCUCGAAACAUGAAUAACGUCAAACUACCACCAACGCCAGUGUCAAUGCCAAUGCCAAUGACUAUUUUGUUCAGGUUCUAA